CUCAAACCCCUCGAUAUCACCACUACGUCGUUCUUUCUUCUCCUUCCAUUUCCAAUAUUUCUCAUUUCUUCUCACCUUUCAGCUUUGGACAAAUGAAAUCGUCCACAAAAACACUGGCAAUCGCCUUUGGGGCAUGGUUAAUGAUAUCCAAUAAUGUCUUUCUCAUGGUUGCCGGUGGCAGCUACAACUACAAGGAAGCACUCACGAAGUCAUUGUUGUUCCUAGAGGCCCAGCGAUCUGGGAAGCUCCCACCCAAUUCUAGGAUUCCUUGGAGAGGUGACUCAGCUCUUGAUGAUGGGAAGCUUUCUAAUGUGGACCUUGUAGGAGGGUAUUAUGACGCAGGAGACAAUGUUAAGUAUGGGCUACCCAUGGCAUUCACCAUCACAACUCUUGCAUGGUCUGCUCUCGCUUACAAGUCUGAGCUACAAGCCACAGGGGAGUUGAAGAAUGUACAUGCUGCUAUUCGUUGGGGAACAGAUUAUUUUCUUAAAGCUAGCUCCAAGCGUAAUAAAUUGUGGGUUCAGGUGGGAGACCCGAAUGCGGAUCAUGAAUGUUGGGUGCGACCUGAGAACAUGAAGACACCAAGAACCCUGUACAAAAUCGAUGAAAAUGAUCCAGGGACAGAGAUUGCAGCAGAGACAGCUGCUGCCAUGGCUGCUUCUUCCAUAGUAUUUAGGGGCGCCGACCGCAAGUAUGCCCGGAGCCUCCUUAACAAAGCUAAGCUGCUCUUUGAGUUUGCGAAGAACCACAAAGGAACCUACGAUGGGGAGUGUCCAUUCUACUGCUCUUUUUCUGGUUACAAUGAUGAAUUGCUGUGGGCAGCAUCAUGGCUAUACACGGCAACAAAAAGAGAUGUUUACAGGAAAUAUAUCACUGGGGAAUCCAUCACUGCUAGUGUAGCUGAGUUCAGUUGGGAUCUGAAGUACGCGGGUGCCCAAAUUCUUCUAUCAGAUUCAAAGCUAACCGGGGAGGAUGGUCUCCAGAACUUCAAGACACAAGCCGACAACUUUGUUUGUGCUGUUCUACCGGAAACUCCGUUCCACCAAAUAUAUAUCUCUCCAGGGGGAUUGAUUCAUCUCCGAGAUGGAGCCAACACUCAAUAUGUCACCGGCACUGCAUUCUUGUUCAGUAUUUAUAGCGACAUUCUCACCAAGAACCAUCAAACAGUCUCUUGUGGGAACCAAGUGAUCCGACCCACUCGCCUAAGGGAGUUUGCCAAGCAACAGAUAGAUUAUCUCUUGGGCAGCAACCCUAGAGGCAGGUCUUACAUGGUUGGCUUCGGUAAGAAUCCCCCAACGCAAGCCCACCACCGCGGUGCAUCUGUGCCGGCUCUCGUGGAGGCAGAGGUCAACUGUGGCACGAGCUUUAUGAAUUGGUAUCAGAAAAAUCAACCCAAUCCUAACAAGCUCACUGGUGCCAUUGUUGGUGGCCCUGAUCGCUAUGACAACUUUGAAGACCUACGCUCAGACUCAUCCAAGCUCGAGCCUUGCACCUACAUAAACUCCCUCGCCGUUGGUCCCCUUGCCAAGCUAGCGGUGCAUGGCUUCUGAGCUCACAUGCAUGAUAUAUAAUAGUGUCCAAAUGCUACCAAUGGUUCCCACAUGUGAAGAUGGAGUCCUCGGACUUUGGAGAGAUGUGUAUUGUCCUGCGCCGGGCCGGGUUCGUUCAUGUGGGAAGUUUGGUACGUGCGUGGCUGCAUGGAACUAGGAAGUGUAUGUGUAUUGCAGAUAAUAGAUAGAUAGGCUUCUUUAGAGAUGGAUAUCUUUGAUAUUGCUUUGGCAUACCUUGAAAUGUAUGUCUUGUUAAUUUUUAAGUACUCAGGAAAAUGUCUGCUUUGUUCUAUGAUUCUUGAUUACGGCAUCAUCCCUAAGAAAUGGUUAUUUGUUUAUGCAUC